UCCAAAUGAUUUUUACUAUCAACGUUCUCGGCUCAUUACGAAUCUGUUUUGUAAACCGGUUCAACCGAAUCUUUGAACGCACCCGACUCAUAUGAACGAUUCUUUCACGAUUUUCCAUCUGCAUUGUGGGCCGUGCUGUAACGAUGUAGUCCAUAUGAACUGAAACUAGAAUCGUGAGCGUGCCUGUGAAAAUGUUGUAACUAUUAAAGUAUUUUAUAACCCUGUAUUAUAUCUAAAGCUGUAUUUAUUACAGCAUGCCAUAGUUAUUCAUUACCUCUCACCCCUGUUUACCCUCGUGCCUGGCAUGCCAUAUAUGGGGUAACUACAGUGUGGGCAGCCAAGCAAAACAUGGUGAAGCAGACCAAGGCCAAAACUUUCCAGGCCUAUCUGGACUCCUGUCACCGCCGCUACAGCUGCGUCCACUGCCGUGCACACCUGGCCAACCAUGAUGACCUAAUUUCUAAGUCAUUUCAAGGCAGUCAAGGACGUGCCUACCUGUUCAAUUCUGUGGUGAAUGUGGGUUGUGGCCCAGCAGAAGAAAGGCUGCUGCUGACCGGUCUUCAUGCUGUGGCUGAUAUUUACUGCGAGAAUUGCCACACCACACUGGGCUGGAAAUAUGAGCAGGCAUUUGAGUUAAGUCAGAAGUAUAAGGAGGGGAAGUUUAUUAUUGAAUUAUCUCACAUGAUUAAGGAUAAUGGCUGGGACUGAAGCAUUCAGCCUUUGCUUUAACUUUCUGUCACCGCUUGCAGCUUCUCCAAGAACGUCAUGAGAUGCUUUCUUUUAUAUAUA